UUUGAAUCCCUCACUUUCUUCUCUCCAAAUCCCAACAACACCAAAAAAAAAAAAAAAAAAAAAUUGAAAAUGUCAUGGCUCGCCCACUCGCUCUCUAAAUCCCUCCGUAUCGACGGCGACGGCGAAGGCCAAGAUCACGACGACGACGUCGUACCCCACCGCAACACCAACAAUGAAGCUGACGUCCCGCCCACCGCCUCCACCAAACCCCAAGACAAAGACAACAACGAAAUCCAAUCGGAUGCAGAAGCAGUUGAAGACGCCCAAACGCGUGGCGUGAAAGAAGACCUAUCGGAAUUCCAGCAAACCCUAACGCGCCAAUUCUGGGGCGUCGCCUCGUUCCUUGCGCCACCACCGCCCUCUGAUCGAUUAGCUUCUCCGCCCGAUUGCGAUCGAUCCGAGCCGGCCGAUCACCCACCCGGUCAAUCGCCGAUGGCGUUCAAUGAAGAGGAGGAGGAGGAGUGCGCCGUCGGUGUCACUGACGAGGUCUUGGCCUUCGCUAGAAACAUCGCGAUGCAUCCAGAGACCUGGUUGGACUUUCCUCUUGAUGAAGAAGAAGACUUGGGAGAUUUUGAAAUGUCUGAUGCCCAGCAAGAGCAUGCUAUGAUGAUUGAACAUCUUGCGCCGAGAUUAGCUGCUUUGAGAAUCGAGCUUUGUCCGUGCCAUAUGAGCGAGAGUUACUUCUGGAAAGUCUAUUUUGUUCUUCUGCAUUCGAGGCUCAACAAGCAGGAUGCUGAGGUUUUGUCCACACCUCAGGUAAUGGAAGCCAGAGCAAUGUGGAUGCAAGAGCUACAAUGUCAGACUCCAACAUCAAUUUCUAAAAUGUCAGAACAUGAAUGGUUUGGAAGAAGCACUUCACGUUUAAAAUACAGUUCAAAUGCAAUACAUGAAGAUUAUGAAGAUUACUCUCCGGUCUCAUCACAUACUCCUCAUUAUGAGGAUACACUUCAUAAGACGUAUCCUUUUGAAUCAACCAUGCCUUCCACAGCCGAUGAGACUGAGAAGCACCCAGUUGAGAGUAAUGAGAUGCCAUUCAUUGAUAAGUCCGUUAUCGAAGAAAAGCCCUUCAUUAGGACUGAGGAUAAGAAUGUGACAGUUGGUCCGUCCUCUGAGAUACUAGUUAAUAGCUAUGACGACGAUGACAAUGAUGACUGGCCAGAGGAUGAUGGUGAAUUAUAUGGGUGUAGUGGAACAGCUGUUGCUUUGAUAAAUGAAGAAGACAUAUCUUUCAGUGAUCUUGAGGAUGAUGAUUUCCAGGCACCCGCUAAAUUAAGGUUCAUCUCAAAGGAGUAAGAAAUAUGAAGGACAAUACAUGUAAAUGACUAUGCACGGGCUCUGCUCAUUGGAGAAAAGAUGGAACUUUAAGUCAUCUGAUAACUGUAGGGGCGAGGAAUUUUAGAUAACUUGCAAAUUCCCUACUCAAUAGCCCCACGCAGGGACUCUUCUAAAUCACAUGAGAACUGUUCUACUGAAUAGUCCCGCACUCGGACGAAAGCCUGUGUUGAUGCUACUGUUCUAAUACCAAAUUGUACAUGAUUUUGUUGCCAACUAGCAACUCAAGUCUUUACAGAAAAGUUUAUGUGUGAUUGAUUGAUUGGUUUGGAUAGGAUUUGUAAUUACAAUAUAUAGUGAUUCGGUGAUGGAAAGAAGAAUUUGCUCAAAAUUUUGGUGGUUAAAAGAUGUGUAUGCUGAAUGUCUGAUCUUGGAAUGAAUGGAAUGAAUAAAAACAAUUUUGCCUUUCUUGUUAUU